GGCGCCCGCUGCGCCGGCUCUGCGGCCGGGUGGGAGUGGGACCAGGGGAGCGGCUCCUCGACGGUGGCCGAGUGGGGUCUCGUCUGUGGCGAGCGGUACAAGGUCGGCCUCGUCCAUGCAGUCUUCUUCGUCGGCAGCAUGAUCGGUGCCGGUGUCUUUGGACACCUGUCAGACUCUUUUCUCGGUCGGAAGGGGUCCCUCCAGGUGGUGUGUUUCCUCAAUGCCGUUUUCGGCCUCCUCACAGCUCUCUCCCCAAACUAUUGGGUUUAUGCAUCCUUCCGCCUUCUCACUGGAUUUAGCGCCGGAAGUGUUUGCCUCUGCUCUUUCGUCCUUGCCACGGAGCCCAUCGGGCCUUCCUACCGUGGUGCCGCGGGCAUGUCCACUUGCUACUUCUUCUCUAGUGGCAUCGCGGCCCUGUCUGGCAUCGCCGCGCUAUGCCAGUCCUCUUGGCGCCUCCUUUAUGUUGUCACCUCACUUCCCUCUGUUGCAUUCAUGUUUUUCAUCCUUCCAUUCAUCUCUGAGUCCCCGCGUUGGUACCUUACCCACCGGCGUACCGAUGACGCAAUGCGUGUCCUGCGAGACAUUGCUUCCAGUAACCGCAGAAGCUUCCCAGACAACAUCACGCUAAAGCUCGACGAUGAGGACGAUAUCAAUAAGAAGGUUGAGCAGGCAUCAUCAUCGAUCCUAGAUGUGUUACAAUCGCGGACGACUCGUGUUAGGCUUGUGCUCUCGAUGUCGAUCAGCUUCCUUUGCUCAGUGGUGUACUACGGACUAAGCCUCAAUGUGGUCAACAUAAAAAUCAACAUGUACAUUGGUGUCGUUGUUAAUUCUCUCGCUGAGAUGCCCGCAUACCUACUCACUACCAUGCUCCUCCCGCACUUCGGAAGGAAGCCGCUCGGCAUUGGCACAAUGCUUCUCAGUGGAAUCUUUUGCACAAUUGCCAGCCUCAUUGCCGAUGUCAAUUCCAUGAGGUAAUCAAAAGCUUUCUUAUUUGAUAUGGGUAGCAUGAUGAUUUAGGGGGAUUUUCUAUAUAUAACUGCAAUUUCAUGUCACUCUAGGGUGGUCAGGAUGGCA